AUGCCAUGCCUGCUCUUGUCAUCCAUGACACGGGACCGACGAGAGGCUGGCAUUCACUGGCGAUGCUUCCCCCCUCUCCUGCACUCUAUAUUGCCCGUUUGGGGGUGCCAGUGGGAUGCCAGUGGCAUGUUGCAACUCGAACAUCUCCUUCCGGAACCCACCCCUGGCCGCACAAUUCGACAAAGGGACCAGUCAGUGUCGAAUAUCGCCAUCGCAGGACGUGUAGCCGGCUGGCUGGGUCCCAUCCUCCUCCUGCGGCAUGCCCAGAUCGGGACAUACUGGUCGAGUGCUGGGCCCAAGAAAGUCGAACGUGUGGCGUCGAGCAAGAUUUCCAGCAACAAGACCGGCAUGUUCGGGAGGGGUGGGCGGGAUCUUUUAUUGAUGGGCAGACAGUCAGCCACUGAGGGAGUUGAGACAAGAGAAGAACGCCUCCAGCAGCGCGCUUGUGUGUUUCAUGUUUCCUUGUGGCCAAGCUGA